CAGCGCAGGAUCUCAAGCUGAGAAUCAAGAAUGCAAACAACAAUAAAUAAUUCGUGUCUCUUUCUUUGUUGUUUAGGCAAAUUAGAAGUAACCAUUUGAUCUCUAUGUGAAAUUUUGAACUCAAACCCCCCAAACGAUGAUAAACAAAAAGACAAACCCGUGUAAAAUUUUAUUCGAUCCGUUCAGCUCUUUUCUUUUUGGCAAUCUUAUUCUCCUUUCUCUCUUUCUCUUUGUUGACGUGAUCUUUUCACUCCCUUGCUUUCUAUACGUGUGUUUUGUCUUUUUCCCUUCCCUCAAAUUCAAUAAAACAAUAUUAACGACAAGAUGAUAUACACAAUGUGUCUAGAAGUAGCUUUCAAA